AUUGAUUUAUCAAUGUUAGCCAAUUCCUACGCCCAAUCUCUGUACAUAAAUCCACAGCAGCAAGUAGCCCCCCUACCCUUCGGAUACACUACCAACACACCCAGUAUCUUGCUCAUAUUUAUUCUUAGCCAAGCCCGUGUAUCAACCCUAACCACCAAUCGAAACAGAAUAUCAAAGUAGCUCUAUGCCCUAUUCUUUUAGUGUAGGUGUAACCUGAACCACAAAGAGAGCAAAUAAUUGUGCAAUAGCCGAUGCCAAACAAAACUAUAACUAUAGCUAAACCUAAGAAAUAUUCUUAUGUAAUCGUUAAAUUUGAAUUUGUAGUUGGUAGAUUGGUUACUCUACAUAUUACCAAUAGCAUUCUUCAUCAUAAUACUACUCAUUAUGGCAUUACUCUUUGCUUCCAAAGUGAAGCACUUCAAUCCAGAAGGUGCACACAACACCCUCGAAACCUUAAAAAAUAACAUGCUAUUGGCCCCAAUAGAAGAUAUAGUUGUUGCAACCACCUCCUCAUCUGCACCAACUCUCAACAUGAUAUCAUAUUUCACACAUGAUGCAGUGGAAUGCCCAGAUGGUUAUGGAAGAACUCAUUUGGGCUAAUGGGAUGGGGUUUCAUCUGGAUGCAUAUGUGAGAAUGGGGACAUUAGUCAUUCUCUCACUUGCUUCUAUAAGUCCAAUUGUAAACGAGUGAAAUCUCACGAUCCAGAAUUAUUUACAACAUGGCAAUAAAAAUAAUAUUGUACUAAAUUAUAUGCCGAAUGGAAAACAUUGGAAGGUGCUGCUUGUGAGACAUCCUACAAAUAGUGUGGGAAUGUUUGUGUUCCAUAAUCCAAAAACUGUCCACUCUCAGGUUUACUCAAAGAUAACUCAAGACAGAAUGAUAGAAAUGCAAUUAAAAUCGGAACAGAUAAUUACAUUAAACAAUUUGAGAACUCCUCUCCCAUUGUCAGUCUUGAACUUGUACCAGGAAUUGGAGAAACAGAUUCCUCUCCAUGUUACAAUCACAAUUUGAAUCCCAAAUUCUAAUCAGCUAAAUAUUACCCUCUAGCCAAAAGACCUGAAAUCGGAUGUGAUAAUUAUAAAGAUUUGCAAUCGCAUAGAGUCACCUUGAAUACCUUCUCUGCUCAUCAAACUUAUCAACAAAAUGGCUUGACUGAUGUACUGUCACAAUUGCCUUUCUAUCAAAAUUACGAAGACAACUCAGAUACGUAUGCAUUAGAAGCCAUCAAGAAAAUUCAAAUCAACUCCAACGAAGUUUGUUAGAAGCUAUCUCCUAAAGAUAUCGAUUAAAUCUCUAAAAGUGGACAGAGAGUCUAUAAUUCAGAGAGAGCCAUGUCCUUAAUCAUUAUUAUCAGUGUAGGAGUUGUUCUAUUCCUAGUCCCCAUUUUGUAUUUGAUGAAAAACAGAGUAAGUCCAAUUUCAUUUAUUUUAGAUUUUCUAAUGCAUUGAUAUGACAGAUUUCCAUUAACCCAAGUUCUUAUGUGGUAUUGGAUUGAUCAUUGCCAUCUUAUGCAUAGGAUUAGGAGCUGUCUAUUUAAAUGAAGUGGAUGGAAAUGUAAUUUUUACUAUCCUAUUUAGAAUGGCCUUAAAGAACAUAAUGUUUAAUUCUCUAAAUAUCUUGAAAAAAAUUGUUUCCCCGACGAAGGCUUGAAAUUGGUAUCAUUAUUAUAUAAUCAUACUUAGGCUAUUUCUCAAGUGAAUGAUUUCUCCAAAAAUGCCUACAUCAACACUUAUUCCUUUGUCAUUGCAGCCUUUUAUGCCAGCAUCGUUUUUAUUGUACUUUUAAUUCUUUUUGUUGCCUACUAAUACUACACUCACAAAUCGUUGUUUGACAAUCCUUGGACUCCCAGAUAACAGGAGUAUUCAGAAUUUCAUUGAUAC